AAAUGCCGCCUCGGGUCGCGGGGAUGCCGCCGUCCACGUACGGCACGCUUCCGACAGCAUCCUUCUUGAACAAGCCGCGCAUCGACUUCAAGCUCCUCAUUGCGAUCGUUGCGUCUGGCGCAUGCUUGUCGGUCCUCCUCUGCGUCACCACAUAUAACGCCGACUGGUCGUCGGACGUGCCCAGGAUGCGCUUGGCGGUUGCGCCAACAAUCCCCCUCACAUACGAGCAGCUGGUACAGCCACGACAAGUGCACCUCGCGUACGCUGGAAGGACUCCCGGCACUGGCAUGACGGUGUCGUGGGCCACCUACCAUCGAGUGAACGACAGCACGCUGUGGGUCGGCUCGACACCGACGAACUUGAGUCUAGCAACGGUGGACGCUGAAACGUUGUCCUACUACGCAGACGACGUGUACACGUUGUAUACGUACCACGCGACUGUGCGGGGCUUGACGCCGCGCUCCAAGUACUUUUACCGCGUCGGCAGUGCAUCGAAUGAUUCGCACGUGUCGCCCGUGUACCAUUUCCACACAGGGCGCGAUCCCGGCCACGAUGACGGCAGUUCGUUUGAGAUUGCCGUGUACGCUGACUUUGGCGAGCGCAAUGCGGAACAAACGGUAUGCGCGAGCCACAUCGCCACUCUCACGUGCAUGGGCGCAGGUGGCGCGCCUCAUGGACCUUCGAGAAAACUUUGAUUUCAUCUGGCACGUCGGGGACAUCAGCUACGCCGACAAUGCGUUUCACACUCUGAAUGCAGACACGGCCGCGCUGGGCUUUGUCUACGAGAAGGCGUACAAUGCCUGGAUGGACGCGUUGGAGCCUGCGAUGCGCGUGGUGCCGUACAUGACGACGGUGGGCAACCAUGAAGCCGAAUGCUACUCGCCCGUGUGCCUCUACUCGCCAGAAAAGCAAGCCCAACUGAGCAACUACUCGGCGUACAACACUCGCUUUCGCAUGCCGUCGACGGAUUCAAACGGCGCUCACAAUAUGUGGUACUCAUGGUCGCAUGGCCCCGUGCACUUCAUCUCUGUCAGCUCCGAGUCCGACUACGACGGCGCGCCGACCAACAACAAAGGCACACAGGUCAAGAAUGGCCACUUUGGCAACCAACUGGCCUGGCUCGACGCCGAUUUGGCGCGAGUGAAUCGCACGAACACGCCGUGGGUGAUUGUGGGCCUUCACCGCCCGUUGUACGGUCUCAAAGUCUUUAAAGCGAACGGCGAGCCCAAGACCAAGCAUGAAGCGCUCCUCGACGCCUUCGAGCCCGUCUUUCUCAAGUACAAAGUCGACGCCGUUGUGUCGGGCCACCAGCACGCGUACGAGCGCCACUUUCCCGUCGCCCACAACGAGCCCGUUCUCGCCGGUGUCAGCGCAGACAAAACCAUCUACGAAUCUCCUCAAGCGCCCGUCUACAUCGUGUCGGGGUCGUGCGGGUCCACGGACGGCCACGAGCCGUAUGACGACGUGCCUGCGCAGACGUGGAAUGUCCUGUACGACAAUGUGCACUUUGGCAUUUCGACACUCAAGGCCAACCGCACGGCGCUCGAGUGGACGUUUGUGCAUUCGGCCGACGGCGUCCCCUUGGACUGGUUCGUCAUGAAGAAGGAAGGGUAAACGUACUCGCUGAUGGUGGCUGCACGUUCGCGACUUUGGACCGCGCGCGACCACACUCGGACCGCUCGGCUGUCGACGGCACCUCUUUGGACGUCGUUUCGACCAUCGGCGACUGGGACACCCGUUUGCGCUAGGUGUAGAAACAACCUAAUUCGAGUGAGAAGCAGUGGCCGCAAGGCACUUGUCACCCCCGCUGUUCCUAACUCGGACGGUCAUGGGUCC